AUGCCAACGGAGCUGGCUCCUAGCCUGGGAAUGUAUGCCCUUUCCAACUUGGAUUCCUCCCCGACGACCCGAAUACUCUGCAAGGGUCCGCAGUACCUGCGCAAGCAGAUAGAAGGGGGAGAGCGGGCCAAGAAGAGUGCUGUGGAGAGGCUGGCAGCUGAUAAAGCCAAGUAUGUCAAAAGCCAGCAGGUAAUUGGCACCAAACAGGAGCCUGCCAGGCUGAGCUCGGCCUCGGAGAGCAGUGGUGAAACCUGUUCUGAGGAGAGCAGAAAAAGCAGCAAGGAUUCGACAGGGAGAGGGGACCCCUGGGUCCCUACGCCCCCACCAUCCUUUCCUGUGGCCCGGAGGACCAUCAGCAGGAGGCCGCUGAGGCCAGAUUCCCUCGUCAUCUACCGUCAAAAGUGUGAAUUUGUCAAAGGCCAGGGUACCGAGAACAACCCAAGAGGGGGCUUGGUGAAGAAGAUUCUCCAGGGUUCCACUAAAGAAAAGAUGUCAGUGUCCCCUGACAUGCCUAGAGGGAAGGAGGAAGUGCGAGCAGAAAAUGAGGAAGUCAAACUGGAGAGCAAAGAGGCCAAAAUAGAGAAGAAGGAGACCAGACUGGAGCGUGAAGAGACCAAAUUGGAAAGUAAAGGGACCAGGAUGGAGAGUCAGGAGAUCCGAUCAGAGAAUGAGGAGGCCUUGAAGGAGGACGCUGUUCCUCCCAGCGCCCCAACAAAUACCCCGGUCGGUUCCCCUUCCAGUGGGGAUGAGAAGCUCAUGAAAGCAUCUGUUGCUGCAGUUGAGCUCCGGGAUGUAAAGAGAAGGAGCCUGCACCGCUCCAAGUCUGACAUAAGCUCCCGCUACUCCAAGUCCUUUUCUGAGUCUGACACCUUUUUUAAGUACUGUGGCCUGGACCCUGAGGUGGUGGAAGAUCUUGGGAAGGAGAACUUCUCAGCAGGGUGGGACCACCACAUGUCCUUCAAGAUCCGCAGUGUGAGCAUGGCCACGUCGGAGGGAGGUUUCUCCCAUCGCAGCGGGGAUGAGGGCCUGCUGGAAGAGGAGCUAACAGAGCAGGUCCCUAGCACCACAUCAGUCAUCGAACGCAACGCUAGAAUUAUCAAGUGGCUGUAUACGUGUAAAAAGGCCAAAGAGUCAGAGAGCAAGGUGGCCCAGGACUUAGCUGCAAGUAUGCUGGUUCCCACUGCCACGGAAACACGGUAA